AUGAUAUUUUUGCCCGUUCAGGAAACGCCUCCGAUGGAAUCCGAUUUGCCUUUUGAUUUCAACUCAAUCAAAGAAGAAGAAUUUGACAAAUUUGUCGACUACAUUGUAUUGGACCAACCAGCAGAUCCAAAUAACCCAAACCGGGCAGAGAGUUCAUUACCCAGAAAUCUCAAAUUGAAAAAAAUUGGAAAAAAAAUCACUGGCGUAAAAAGUGCCAUAUACAUUCCAUUGGGCACCAGGUUCGGUCCAUUAGUGGGCGAAGUGUGCGUUAAAGAGCACGCGCCAAACGGAAAACGAAAAUACUUCUGGAGGGUCCAGCUCAUGCUAGGCCAAGAUAAUUUCUGGCGGAAAAUGCGCCAACAGAUUUAUAAAGAGAACAAACCUUUCUAUUACAUAAACACUUACGAUGAAACGAAAUCCAAUUGGAUGCGGUACGUGAGUGCCCCAUAUUCACCACAAUCGCAGAAUCUGAUCGCUUGUCAAUGCGGAACUGAUAUAUUUUUUUACACAAUUCGACCAAUUUUUCCAAAUGAAGAACUUCUUGUUUGGUAUUGCCGUGAAUUUGCUGAAAGGCUAAACUACCCAUCCAGCGUUGAACAGAUGAUACAACGAAUGCAAGGAAAAAUACAAACGUCUACAUCUCCUACACUACCGAUGCUAGCCGACGGCGCAGAUACAGUGUCAUCAUCGUCGACUCCUUCGUCACCUCCACCACUUCCAGUAGAUAGUGGUGAUGUCACACUCAAAACCGGAAAUCGAGUCCACUGGCAGGAUGAUGAUAUACGUAACGAGUUUGAUAAGGCAAUGACUAACAAUGCUACGUCAAUGCGCCGUGUAGUGAUGAGUCCAGUCAAAGAGUACAUAGACAAUGGAAAUGCUGACGUUUUGCGGUUAGAUGGAUUACGACUAAGACCUGUAGACGACGAAGGAAAAGCUCAAGGGUACGCUCAAUCUCAUUCAGUACGGUCUGAUGAAGGAUAUCACAGCCACACUUACCACGACGAUGCACCCACACCACCCGAACAUCUAUCUGACUCUGACGAUAGUUCCAACUGCAUUUUGGACUACAGUAAAAAAUCGAAAUUGCCAAAACCCGACGAGGAAGCAGUUGAAGUGGAGACUAACGAGUUUCUCAAGGUGAAAAUUAAAUUACGCAAAGCAUCCCAGUACAGAAAGGAAUCGGAUCAACCACCGAAAGAGCAAACGCCACCACCAGUCGUGACCGCUGAACCAGUGAUCGUCGUCCGUUCCCAGUCACCCAAACGAUACGCGGAGCCGUCAUCAUCCAGUGCGCCGUGCAGCAGUGACACUGUUGAAUCGCUACCGAAAAAACUCAAGCUCGAUGCACCCAUCGUGCCGACCCCACCGUCGGUCAUCUAUCAGUAUCCCAGGGACCAGAAGUCUCUGUUGGAGAACCUAUUGCUGCAAAACAAAGAUUCGGGCCCGCCGGCCGCACCCGCGCCGAUCGCCCCGUCGAUGACACCCCCUCCUCAAAUGCCGGUAACCGACCCAACGUACUUACAACGAGGUUACGUCAACGCGUCCGUCAGUCCAGAUUCGUCUACCAAGGUACUGUCGCCCUUGCACCAAAUGCACCGGAGCCCACCGCCGCCGGGAAUACUCGUCUACCCGGCGCCCGCCGGUCAACAGAUGCAAUACAUGCCGUACCACCACCACCAGACGCAUUUAUUCCCGCCUCAGAAUGGUGGCUACCAGUGCCACUACCCCGGUAACCAUCCGGUGGAAUCCAGCGCCAGUCCGCCGGCGGGCUCCAUGUCACCGGACGACGUGUCACCGUGUGGAAGUCCCGGCAGCACCAGCAACUCGCGCGGGUACAGGUCCCUGCCCUAUCCGAUCAGCAAGAAAAAUGGAAAAAUGCACUACGAGUGCAACGUGUGCCGUAAGACGUUCGGUCAGCUGUCAAACUUGAAAGUGCAUCUGAGAACGCACUCUGGCGAGAGGCCGUUCAAAUGCAAGACGUGCGGGAAGAGUUUCACGCAGUUGGCCCACUUGCAAAAACACAACUACGUACAUACCGGAGAACGUCCGCACGAAUGCGAUGUGUGUCAGAAACGGUUUAGCUCCACUUCUAACCUUAAAACUCACUCGAGGCUACAUACCGGUGACAAACCGUUCGUUUGCGAGAUAUGUUCGUCGACGUUCACUCAACUGGUGCAUUUAAAAUUGCACAAGCGCAUCCAUACCAACGAACGACCGUUCACCUGUCACUGUUGCCAAAAAUCGUACAUUAGCGCCAGUGGAUUGAGGACCCACUGGAAGACCACUUCCUGUAGGCCACCGUACACUGGCGGCAAGGACGACGCGACGGAACAGCAGAUUUCCAGUCCCGAUUACCAGGCGUAUCAUCAAAACAAUUACUCGAACGGUAUGAUGGAACAUGCCGACGACACUAAUCAAAACAUAUACGGUGGACCGCACGUCGGUGAUAAACAUGAUGACGACGACGACAUGUACGCUCAUCUGCGACCACAUCAUCAUCAACCGACAAUGACACCCGUCCAACCGGAAGAGGUUCAACGACCAUCGGUUAUCGAACAGAGGCACUUUAUCGAGUGCACAUAA